GUAUUAAAAAAUUGAAAGUGGGGAUUGGAGAAAAUUUGGUGUCUCCAUCUCUCCUUGCUUUCCAUCGUUGUCACUGUGAGGAUGAGUCGAGGAAACAGAAAGCAGAAGAAAGAACCCGAAGAUGAAGUUGAACAAAUGCUACGCGCCGCACAAGACGAAAUCCUCUUAAACCUCUCUCUCAAUUCCCACUUAUCUCGUCCUUCACCUUCUUCCUCAACCAUUCCCAAUCCCAAUCCUAAUCCUACUCCCGAUCCCGAACUCGACCUCAACCUGGAACGUCGAUUUCAAGCUCUCAAAACCAAAUCCAAAUCUCAACAACCGUUGGAUAUCAACGCCAGAUUCGAUGCUCUCAAAAUCAAAUCCAAUCCUGCCGGCGCCACUGUCUCUACAUCGGAAACUCAAUUUCGGUAUGAAAGUGAAGAUGAAGAGGAAGAAGAUGAAGAGGUUCAGAUUCGGAAAUUGAUUGAAUGGGCUAAAGAUUCUGCACGUCUUGAUCCUUCUCCUCCGUCGCCGUCUGUAUCCGAUGAUGAAGACCACGAUCCUCCCUCUUCCGAUGAAUCUGACGACGACGAUCAUCACCGCCGCCGCAAACCAGUCAAAAAAUAAUUUUAUUUUAUUCUUUUCGCAAUAAUUGUUGCUGGGUUCGUAUGUGUAUUAUUAUCCCCUUUUGCUAGUGAUGUAUACAUAGAUAGUAGUUAAUCACAAUCACUGUCAGAUCAUUUGAAAUGUUUGAUUUUUAAUACUGGUUGUGAUGAGAUGACAUGGUAAAACUUUUCACACCCUUGCAUUAAGAUUAAUCUCUUCUAUAUUUCUCUAUCAAGCGCAGACACUGCUUGGAUUAUGCUAGACAUGUUGUCAGACACAUAUGUGAUACAUUGAACUAUGUGAUUUGCUCAAAUUAUCAUUGGUGUUGGAAUGUCAGAGUCGGUAUAAGUUGUUUAUA